AUGAGUUUGACAAAAUCAGAUCCCAAUAAACAAGGAUGGGAAGACUCGGAAUUCCCAAUCGUCUGUGAAACUUGUUUAGGAGACAAUCCGUAUGUCCGCAUGACAAAGCAGCCUUACGGAAAAGAAUGCAAAAUCUGCGCUCGCCCAUUUACUGUCUUUCGUUGGUUACCUGGCACAAAUAUGCGUUACAAAAAGACUGAGAUUUGUCAGAUUUGUGCAAAGGUAAAGCAUGUCUGUCAAACAUGUGUAUUGGAUCUACAAUACGGCCUUCCUGUUCAGGUCAGAGAUAGUGCUUUACAAAUUCAGUCUAGUGCACCAACCACAGAUGUCAACAGACAAUACUAUGCUCAGAAUGUAGCAAAUAAGCUGGAAGAAGAUAAGAAUUUGUAUGAUUCUGGAAAGGCAACCCCGGCUAGUCGUGAAAUUCUUCGAAGAUUGGCUAGAUCAGAACCAUUCUACAAACGUAACAGAGCACACAUUUGUUCAUUCUUUGUCAAGGGUGAAUGUAAACGCGGAACCGAAUGUCCAUACAGACACGAACUUCCAGGUGAUAGUGAUAUUACUCAACAAAACAUUAAAGACCGCUACUAUGGCUCGAACGAUCCUGUUGCAAAGAAGAUGCUUACAAGAGUCAGAGGUGGAAAUAACUCGCUGGAUCCACCGACUGACAAAGCUGUGACUUCUUUGUUUGUUACUGGAGUUGAAGAAGAUCUUUCAGAAUCUGACAUCAGAGGAUUUUUUUAUGCAUUUGGAGAGAUUAAAUCGAUUGUGGUUAUCUACAAAUCGAAAUGUGCAUUUGUAAACUUUAUUACCCGCAAGGCUGCCGAAGCUGCUGCUGAAAAGGUUUAUGAGGUUGGUUUGAACAUCAAGGGUUUCCCUCUCCGUGUUGCGUGGGGUAGACCAAGACCUAUUGGACCAAAGUCAGAAGUAAAGGCACCAGUUACACCUACCGACUUUGCAUCUUUGCAACCACCCGCACCUCCUUCAAUGUCCUUUGACAAAGAAGAUUCUGUAAAGUACCCGAGUCAAGAUCCAACAUUGCAGGGUUCCAACGCCAGCAAAGCCUAAAAAAACACUUCUUUUUUUAAUUUUUUUUUCUUAUUCUUAUUCUUUUAAACCAAGAACACAUACGCACAUCCACCCAACACAUCCAAUACAAAUGUACACAAACAAACGCAGACAGAAACAACCGAAACUGUCAUAUAAAAUGCAUUUUUCUUUAAAAGAUCAUUAACAGAUACACAGAAGAGACGGACACAAUCCUCUUGUUUACGAUCGUUAUAUUACUAUUCCGCUUUUAUAAAAUGAUCUUGGACAUCAAGCUCAUCAUAGAUAUUAAACAAAGAGAACUGUAUUUCUAUCGGC